UUCGUAAAGGCGUAGCAAAUCGCGCGUUUUAGCUAAUUUGUUCACUGUUUUUCGCUUUUUACGGUAAAACUAAAGUCUCCGAACAGUUUCUUGGUUCAUAUUAUAUUUUAACAAUAUUGCUGGGCCUCACCAUGAAACGUCAAGGCUACAUUAAAGCCGGGUUUUAAGCGAACUACAACUCCCAUGAGCUCGGUGAACAGGAAGAGAGAAGAUUCAGACGUGUUCGGUUAAAACAGGAGUUUGUUGAGAGAAACGACUUCCUUUGAAACACAGACAUCAGUUUCUUUUGUUAAAAAUGCGCCUCUCGGCUCUUUGCCUUAAUAAGUGAGGAGGUUGUUCGCCUGUCAGCCAUCAUGGGGACUGUGUUUGCUGUCCUGCUGGUCUUUGCCGGCUGUUGCAGUAAUGUGGUGUUUCUGGAGCUGCUUGUAAGAGAGUUUCCAGGAUGUGGCAACAUUGUCACCUUUGCUCAGUUUGUCUUUAUCGCCUUGGAGGGAUUUAUUUUUGAAACAGACUUUGGGAGGAAGAAACCAACAAUCCCUAUCAGUAACUAUGUGAUCAUGGUCACCAUGUUCUUCACUGUCAGCGUGAUCAACAACUACGCCCUGAACUUUAACAUCGCCAUGCCGUUACACAUGAUCUUCAGAGCGGGAUCGCUGAUCGCCAACAUGGUCCUCGGGAUAGUCAUUCUGAAAAAGAGGUACUCGGCCAGCAAAUAUCUCUCCAUAGCUCUAGUGUCUGCUGGCAUCUUCAUCUGCACCGUCAUGUCUGCCAAACAAGUGCAUGAGGUGUCCAAAGAUGGAAGAGAAGAGGAUGGCUUUCAUGCUUUUGUGCACUGGCUAAUAGGCAUCGCCAUGUUGACCUUUGCUUUGCUGAUGUCGGCAAGGAUGGGCAUCUUCCAGGAGACACUCUACAAGAAGUACGGCAAACACUCCAAAGAAGCUCUCUUCUAUAAUCACUGCCUACCUCUGCCGGGCUUCCUGCUUCUCUCCACAGAUAUCUACAAUCACUGCAUCCUCUUCAACCAGAGCACUCCUGUUCAUAUUCCUGUGAUGGGCUUGACCCUGCCCAUAAUGUGGGUCUUUCUGCUGAUGAACGUUAUCACACAGUACGUGUGCAUCCGUGGGGUUUUCAUCCUGACCACAGAGUGCACGUCGCUGACCGUCACGCUGGUGGUGACGCUCCGCAAGUUCCUCAGCCUCAUCUUCUCCAUCCUUUACUUCCAAAACCCCUUCACCGCCUGGCACUGGCUGGGCACGGCAGUGGUGUUCGCGGGCACUCUGCUGUACACGGAGGUGUGGAGCAGCGUGAGCGCCGCCCUGCGGGGCGUCGACGGCAAGGACAAGAAGGCAGAGUGACGAUGCAGAUGGACCCAAACACCUGCCUCUGUGCUGGACUUGGAUUGUUUUUAAUUCUCUUGAAGUGGGUUUCAUACUUGAUCAAAUAUCCUGUUCAAGCCUUCACAGAAGGGAUUGGGUGCUUAUAAUAUUUAGGAUUUUUUUUAUAACAGUUUUCAUAAAAACACCAGAAUCGUGAGUUCAGGAUUACAGAUUAAUUUGUAGCUAUUAGUUUAUUUUGAGUAAGUCUGCUGAAUGUUUUUGCCUGAUUGGAAAGUUACUUUUUCAACACUGUUGUAUGUUUUCACUCCUUCAAAACAUCACUGAUGUUCAGAGAGCCCUAAAACGUUUUACACAUGUUAAAAGUUUUGAAUUGGCUAUAAAAAGGGUUAACCUGAGCUACAUCAAAUGGUGCAUUUUGACAGCGUUUACUUCCAUAGUUUUCUUAAUAUAUUGAUGUGCAAUCCUGAAAUGCAGGUACGCAUUCAACGUAAACAAAGCACU